AGGAAAAAUUUCACUUGAUGGUUUAUAAUCUUUGACUUCAUAGACGGCAGCACUCGACCUUUGACAAUCUUCACAGGUGAGUUUAGCUAAAAUCAUAUUAUGUAAAUAAACAACAAUGGGACACCAAAACGAGGGCAGGUGGCAGAAUGCUUCAUGCGUAGCGUCUAAAAAUCAGAGCUAAAUAGUGUGAGAAUUUUUUCUCACCUGAUAGAACAAACAAGGAAAAUAUUUCCAACAUAGUAUUUGAGGUCGGUAAAGCAUAUGUAAUGAGCUGUAAUUUUUUGUAAACCUCCUAACCACAAUAUGGGGUCCAGGUAGGUCGAUUGCUCUAUUUAUUUUGUCACAGAGAGUUAUAAACAAAUGUCAUUUAUUCCUUAAUAGGCUGUUUGAAAUUAUCGGCCAGACAAAACUUCAAAGCUUUCAUUUAAUGGGUAACGAGCACGUCAUAAUUAAGUGAAAGGGAGAAAUCCUCCUCGCUAUAUAGCACUAUAUGUGUUAAUUAGUCGACGUAGUGAUUUAGACUAACAUAUCGAAUCGAUAAAUAUUAAGCAUUAUUGGUCUUCUUGGGUCCUGGAAGCAGAAGUUUAAUUUUAUCCCGGUCGCUUUAGCAUGAAGUUGAGAAACAUGGCGAUUAUGGCUUAGAACAGGAGAUUUGACAUUUGAAGUGAAUGGUCAACAGCUCAAUGGUGUUGUGGUCAUUAGGACAUUUUCUAAUCGAUAUCAUAAACGUAAGCUUUUACUUACUCACUUUUUGCCUUUGAUCCAGAUUGUUGCUAUGGAUUUAUUCCGUGUGUAUGGUGCUACUUUCAGCUUCUACAGAUAUUGCAAAAGGUGGGCGUGUCUAAAAAUGAACUAUAACGAUAAAAUUCGGUUUUUUUUUACGUUCUGUCAAUUAUUGAAGUAAAAGAGAUAGGUGUUGGGUCAUUAAUUUGAUUUUUUAGCAUCCUAUGUACAGAAUAUGUGAUUAAAAUCGUGUAACCUAUCGCCGUGUUGUGUCAUGACAAAUAAUUAGUCAAAAUUAUCGAAUGAGUCUCUGACAAUUUGUUUUAACCCUGGACCGAGCGGAUGCCCCUAGUCAGACAAAAAAUACCCGUUUCAAGAUCCAUUGAUAAAGACGGAUACAAUCAGUCAAUAUCACAACUUUAAUCAAAGUAGACACCGUUCUGUUUUUCACAUCAUUGAGAUCAUCUAUCUGACAAGGAUUCUGGGGCGGAUAUCCCGUCGGAGACGGAUGAUACGUCUCUUGUGUGAAAACGGCUUUUUUUUAAGGAAAGAAAGACUUGUUAAUAUCUGGCAUCAUAAAACUAACUAAACUUUAGCUACCUUUAGAGGUCUUGAAAAUGCCGAUAUUCACACCCAAGUGCAUAUACGAUGUAACUGACUAGAAACGCAGGCAAUGAUAGUACUCGAUUGCCCUAAUUUUAUUGUUGACUAAAAUGUUUAACGCCGUAAACUAUAGGUAACUGCAAAGAUUUCGACUUUGAGAAUGGCGCUGCAACACUAUCUGAAUGGACCAAAACUGGACACGCAUUCGAUGGCCAACCUACAUAUGGAGACAAUGCCCGCAUACGUGAUCCCAGAAUCAACACUAACGUCCAAGGCGACUGGUGGAUAGGCACCUUUGAGAACAGGUCUAAUCCUGAAGAAGAUGGAGGAUAUAUGGCAGGCGAUUACCCAGUGGGGACGCUGACGUCUCCAAAAUUCCGUAUCAUUGGUCCAAAAAUGUCCUUUCUUCUUGGCGGAGGCUGUGAUGUGGGGCAAAUUCGGGUUGAGCUGCUCGUAAAUGGUCAGGUUGUGCGCGAGGCUUUCGCUGACGAAUGUCGUGAACACAUGAGAAGAAGAGAAUGGGAUGUGCGACAGUUUAAAAACCAGUUUGGUCAAAUACGUUUGGUUGAUGCAUCAAGAAAGGGACACAUAAAUUUUGACGACUUGUGGGGAGAUUUUUCUUGCACUGGUGAGUGAGACAGGUUGUUUUAUUUACAAAACGAAUUUAUUGAUAGCAAUUUUCAGUCCCACAAAUAUAAUGAUUGAUCUUUAAUACAACUAUUUUAACCUUAAGUCCUUAACCAUGCAAAAAUCGACUUCGACCAGCACCACCCCUAUUGCCGAAUAUACUGAAAAAGAGUAACGUCAAAGUUUGGAACCUCAUCCCAUAAGUUUUGAACCUUUCAACAGUGUAUUUGUAUAUGAGAUCAAAUGUUGAGGAGAGAAAUUGGGGAUAAUCUCACGCGCUUUUUAUCCAAAAUUCUGAUAAUUUUCCGCACUUUUUGGUCUUUAGCCUUUAAUUUAGGGCACAAAGUACGCACACAGUCAUGUUUUUUUAACUUAUUUUUUCUCCUCGAAAACUCCAAGCACUGAAAAGUUUAGAACAUAAAUUUCGGCUUAAGCUCACAAGUUUCUGAUUUUGUCGACACAAUACCUGUUAGAAUCCUUGUUGAAGUGUUCUUUCGUGUGUUUAGGUUUUACUAAAGCUUCCUUUUAAUGCCCUGACAUCUUUAUUCUUAACAUUUCAAAACUUCGACGACAUCUUGGCACUGAGACGUACGGAACAUUGCCAUGGCAAUUUUGCAAUUUGACAUGUGAACCGGCAUAAAUUCAAGCUGAAAUUUCGCGCUAAAAUAAAAGGCGUAAUUUGUGACCCAUGAUAUUAUGGAUUAUAUAACCUGAUAGGAGAAAUUUGAUUGCCUCAAGUUUUCUUACUGGCUUGUGGACUUGGCCCAGGAGCCGGGCCGUCCCCCACACUCCCUUUCAAAGAUACGUGGCUCGUGAAAAUUAGUUUGAAGUGUUUUCUUGUCCAGCUUGUGCUUGGCAUACACCUGCAAAUGGCAGACAGGACCGGAGAAGAUUGAUUUGGAUGGUUUCUGCUCUUUACAACACGAAGAUGGCAGAAGAAUAUGACAACUGAAAAGAGAAGAGAGAAAUGCCUACUAACAUAUCUGUGCUUUGCCCUUUUGCGGGUUGUACGCGUUUAAGAUUUUUAUGUUUUUUGACAUACUCAUCAAACAAGACAUUUCCUCUAAUCCCCAACAACAACAACAACAACAACAACAAAAGAAUAGGUUAAAGGAGCUUAGCGCCCGUCCUUCGUCGGCGCGCGCUUAAGCGUCAAGCAGAUUCUGAGGCUCUUUACUUAUAAGUAUAGUCGGUUGAGAAAACCAGAUUUUUGUGUUUAACUCCGACCAACACAUUUUCUAACUAACCCCUAAUUCAUUUUGUGCAUUUUGUAGGUAAUGAGACAGUUAGUAUGAAUUUACAAGAUUCUAGCUUUUCAGGAAAAAAUAAUACAGACAAUGAAGGUAUGUGCUCUUAACUUUCACUGGUAAGAAAUAUGAGGAAACUGCAGAGAAUUGUAAAAAACGAGCAGUAAAUUUGAUUUUUACGUUAACUGCUAUUUUCAAAUAAAACGCGACAUCAAUAUUUUAUUUUUUGGGUGUUAAAUACCUAAAAGAGGACCAAGCGUCUAGUCUGCGAAUACAGCCUCAUAUCGUUCCUUGUCACUUAACGCCGAUAUGAAAAUUGCUUUUCAAUUUCUUUGAUUUACAAACCUGCUUCACUUUGCUGAAAUUGGUAAAUUCUACAAUUUUAUAUGGAAAUGGCUAAUUGAAACAAUUUGGUAACGUCCAUUAACGUCAGCAUGAGAAUUUAUUCUUUUCUUUGGUUUACAAACCUGCUUCAUGCUGAAUUUGGUAAAUUCUACUAUUUUAUAUGGAAAAUGACCAUUUUCAAACAAUUUGGUAACGUCCAUUAAGGGCAGCUGUAUUCGCAUGCUAAAUUGCAGGCUAUCAUGUGUAUUUUUAAUCAUAAAUUGAAGUACCGUAAAAUUCCGAACAUAAGCCCCGGGGCUUAAUAUAUUUUUCAAAGGCCCUUUUUGAGGGGCUUAUUUUUGGAGGGGCUUAUACUCGGAGGGCCUUUUGUACGGAGGGAAAUCUGCGUUUCAAAAUCGAUUGGGCUAGCUUAUAGUUGGAAGGAAAUUUUAACGUUUUUUGCUAUGCUUUACUUUGUAUUUGUGACCAAUUUCUAAGUACAAGCCCCCGGGUGCUUAUAUUAGGAGGAGCGAUUUAACGGAGGGUUUUUUACGUUACGAGUUUGAGGGGCUUAUGUGCACGGAGGGGCUUAUUUUCGGAAUCUUACGGUAAAUCUUGCAAGGCCCAGAAACGUAUUGCAAAAUUAUUACGGUCACUUUCUUUAAUUAAAUUUUGUAAGUUUAACAGAUUAAAGUUAAAUUUUUAACGUUGUAAUCACUUUUUUGUCUCCGUUUAGGUGAAAAAGACGAUUUUGUUGUUGUUGACGAACCAUUAGUUGCUGUGAACCCAAACGCCACUAAAUCUAAUGAAAGUUUGUUAACAGGAACGGGUAUAAAUCAGCAUUAUUUAUUCGUUAUCGAGCAAGUCUUUAAUUACUUCACCUUACUGGUAAUAUUCACUCUCUUAGGCCAUACCUCUACCGUGGAUGUUGGCCACAAAUUUAGGCUUUUGUACAUUAUGCUUUUGCUUCCCUACUAAAAUGCUCCACCUUAAUGCUCCAUUUUUCCCACUAAAAUGCUCGGUCUCCCCAAAAAAGUCACUAAAAUGCUCGGAUAAUGCUCAAUAUACAAACGGUUUUUUACGUGUAAGUAACAAAUACAACGUGUACAAGUUCAUAAAUCCAGCCAAAAAAGCCAGCUGUAUUAGGUUUUUUGUGAAUUUCGAAUUUUAGUCUUCAUUUUGUUUAAAAAAGCAGGAGCGCAUGGGGCAUGGGCCCCCGAAAAAAGUUAAUUUCUAUUUUAUUAUCUCGCAAAAAUUAAUUUUCCGGGGAAAAUGCCACUAAAAUGCUCGAAUAAUGCUCAAUGCUUUUGCCUCACUAAAAUGUUCGAAAAAAUGCUAGCAUAAUGUACAAAAGCCUACACAAAUUGCUAAAAGUAUCUCGUAUGGCAUUAAUAUACCGUAAACUGCUACUUAUAAGCAUCCCCCCCGAAUUUAGACCCGUCUACCUAAGGGACCGGUCAUUAUUGAUCACCUGGGUGGGGUGGGGAUCACUUGAUUUUAAGGAGAAAAAAAGGGGGAUCAGUCGUAACAGGGAACCCAAAGUGGGGGAUCAAAGGAAAACUUUGGAAACAUUUAGAGGGGGGACCACUCAAAUUUGCUUGGAAAAUGAAGACAUGGUGCCCAGGGGGGAUCGCGAAAGUCAUCAAAUGUUAUUAGGGGGGAUCACUUCAGUGAAGUAACAGUCAAAGAGGGGAUCGGCUAAAUCUCACCUUGUUUAGCCCCAAAUUCCCCCCCGCCCCCCAGACGAUAAAUAAUGACCGGACCCUAAAAACAAAAAAUUACGUCCGGUUAUAACACCCCUCUAGCUUGUAUUGAAAUGAAUUCGAUGUAUAAUGCAAAAAAAAAAAACAAACAAACAAACACAAACAAACAAACAAAAAAAACAAAGACAAAUAACAAAAACACCUCAGAGAUUCAAACGCCGAUGUUCAAUUUAUUAUUUGAAUCUGAUUCUUGAUCUUUAGGUUGAAAAGAAAGGUUUUUUGGAACCAGAAACGUUGAAUGUGUCAUAGUAGAACUAUUUUCUUUCUUUAUUUGAUACCAUUAAAAAAAUCUCUCUGCUACAAUCCCGAGUAAAACAAACUGGCGAAACACUUAUAUUCUGAAUUUCACUUUCCUACAGACGAUGAAUAUGGUGCACUCCAGAAGGCUGCAAGACCACAAGCGCCGAUGCAACAGAAUCCCAUUCAAGCAGGGAGUGGUAAGAAACGUGAAUUCGUUUCACGAUGGUCGGUUGCUAGGGCUUUUGCUCCCGUUUGGUCUUAAAUUCAAUUUCUGGCUUACAGCGGGGUAGUUUAUAUUUCAAAUGAAGCAAAACAUUAGAACAUCUUAAUUGGAGAAAAGUUUUCUUUAAAUUUUUACAAUUGUAAAGGUAUUUUUGACUUUUCUUGAAAGUAUGACGUCAUAAGUGACACCUAUUUUUAGUAACAACGUUAAAAAUUUGAUAAGCAGUGUUCAAAAUGCUACAAACAUUUUUGUUACAGAAAAACAAUAUUUACAGUGAAAACCCCAUCUCAAUCGGAUAAAAUGGCGUGAAGUUACAGGUAAUUAAAGAAAUCAAAUUUCCCGCCUCAUGACCAUAUAUGGUCAAACUUUAGGGGUAUUUUAACGCGAAAACAAUGAAUGUAUUUACAACGGAAAAAAGACAAAGCUGCAUAAAAUCAAAAUUGUAGUUUUUUGAAUUCGGCAUAUGUGGUGCUAUGACGCGUAUUUCGUCACAAAUUACGUCAUUAUGACGUCAAAAUGACGUAAUUCGUGACGAAAUACGCGUCAUAGACCACACAUCCUAAACUCAAAAAACUACAAUUUUGUUUUUAUGCAAAUUUGUCUUUUCUCCGUUGCGACUACCUUCAUUGUUUUCGCGUUAAAAUACCCCUAAAGUUUGACCAUAUAUGGUCAUUUGGCGGGAAAUUUGAAUUUCUUUAAUUAAAUGUAACUUUGCGCCUUUUCAUCCGAUUGAGAUGGGGUUUUCACCAGAAAUCAUAGAAUUCUAUACAGAAAACUAAUGUAAAAUUUUUAGCAUUUCUUUCCUGAAUUUUCUUUCUGAUGCCAAAUUUGGACAUCAUUUAUGACGUCACAAUAGAAGUCACAUGGGAUGAAAUAAACACCAAUAAAUAGGUAAUUUAUCAACUUACUUCCUUGCCAAGUUUUGUUACAUUCCAUGCAUUCUACUUCUCUCUAUGGCCCUAAACUCUCAGUUUUGAGAGGUGUGGGAGCAAAAGCCCUAGCAACCGACCACCGUGUUUGUUUACAAAAAGUAGAGAAUGACUAAAAGUCCUUUAAGGCUAGAGGAACUAAAGGUGCAUUAUUUGCUUUUUAUGUCGAUCACAUAAAUUAUUCUUCCUUGAAGAUGGAAAAAUAGGGGCCUGCCGGAGAUAUAUUCAGCCAUUUUACAAAGGGGAAGGGAAGGCCAGUGGAGGAACGUUCCAAAACGUCUGAAAAAUUAAAGACCAUAAGUAACGUUUCUGUGUUUUAUCUUUCAGAUUUAUCUCCGCAUUUUCUCAAAGGAACAAAAAUCAGUAAUUCCAACAUGUAUACAGCACCAAAGCGUCUUUCAUCAAAUGCUGCCUCUGUUUCAAACGUCGCGAAUGCCUCGCUCGAUACGCUUGGUGAUGAAUCUGCUAACAAUAUGUCCGAUCUCACUAACGGUCAAUUGAGGAACCCUACAGGUACAUGUUAGAACAAUUAUCAAAUACGUCUGUUUGACUUAAAUAUUGUGAAUACAGUAAGGACUAACAGUCCCGUCACCCUAUGGCGGGCUUCUCUAAAAAGCUUUCCUUGCCAUUCUAGUCUUAUGAGACAAAAUACUAGCCUUGUAUAGCUAGCUGAUAAAAUUUCACCAAUGUGCUGUGAUCUAAGUAAAGAGUUACCUUGAAGUUCGUGCAUAAAAGAGAGGGGUAACGGUGAGGAUGUGGGGGUAACUCUAUGAUUCUACUACUCCUUACUUACUGAGCCCGUUUCUUGCUCCUCCUGCCCUUGCGCCCUCCUUCCUAUGUCACGAACAUUUACUUAGAGUUGAUGGUAAGCCCAGAUAUUCCUUCGAACCGCAUGUUCUUUACUUGUCAUAAAUAUGCUCAAACACCAAACGGUUUGCAUAGAGUAUUCAUUUUUGCUUAUUUCUUCCUUCCUCCUACUUUUUCGUUACCCUAAUUUUUUCCAAAUACGCCUCCCACACGAAGAAAUUCCUUCCACUAUACAGCACUGCAGUGCAUACUUGAGAAUUUAAUCAUAGUAAGUUGUUGUCACCAUCUCUUUGCCAGUCAGCAUUUAUGACCAAAAUGUUUAAUCCUGUACAUUUUAGGUAACUGCAAAUAUUUCAACUUCAACAAUGGCUCUGCAACACUUUCUAAAUGGAACGAAACUGGACCGGCAUUCGACAACGAAGGAGGGUUCAGAGAGGAUUACCCUGAAGGCACGCUUACCUCUCCAAAAUUCCGUAUCAUGGGCCCAAAACUGUCCUUUCUUCUUGGCGGAGGCUGUGAUUUAGGGAAGAUUCGGGUUGAGCUGCUUGUGAAUGGACAGGUUGUACGAAAGGCUCUCGCUGACAAAUGUCGAGAAAACAUGAGAGGGAGAGAGUGGGAUGUGCGACAGUUUAAAAACCAGUUUGGUCGAAUACGUUUUGUUGAUGCAUCAGGAAACAGACACAUAAAUUUUGACGACUUGUGGGCAGAUUUCGCAUGCAGCGGUAAGUGUGUUUUUCGUUCACAAAGUUAAUUUGUGGCAUUGACUUGGUCAAAAAUAUGAUAGCGUAGACGCUCUUGAUAGGCUUGGUAAGAACUUUACAAAAAAACAAGUCCGUACCCACCGGCACAGCGAUCAGUUUUCUGAGUGAUCCCCCUAGAAAGAACAAACACUAACAAAAACAAGUCCCCUGCCUUCUCCCUACUUUUUGAGACAAUUCUCCGUUCCGUCUACGUUUUCGUCUAGCUGCCAAACCUGUCGCCCAUACCUCAUUUAGUCGUUUAUUCAUUCCCCUUAUACACAGCCCUGAAGUGCAUACGACAAUUAAAUUACGGUAAGCUCUACAACACAACAGAAAGGUCUCUCAUACCUAGUUAGGUUUGUUGAUGAAACUGUUUAAUCCCAUAAAUUUUAGGUAAUUGCAAAUAUUUCAAUUUUCAAAAUGGCUCUGCAACACCAUCGAAGUGGAACAAAACUGGACCGGCAUUCGACAACGAAGGAGGGUUCAGAGAGGAUUAUCCUGAAGAGACGCUGACUUCUCCAAAGUUCCGCAUCAUCGGUCCAAAGAUGUCAUUUCUUCUUGGUGGAGGCUGUGAUAUGGGGAAGAUUCGGGUUGAGCUCCUUGUGAAUGGCCAGGUUGUACGAAAGGCUCUCGCUGACAAAUGUCGUGAUAACAUGCGAAGGAGAGAGUGGGAUGUGCGACAGUUUAAAAACCAAAUUGGUCGGUUACGUUUUGUUACUGCAUCAGGAAAGGGACUCAUAAAUUUUGACGACUUGUGGGCAGAUUUCUCGUGCACCGGUAAGAGUUGGUUUGGCGCACAAACUGAAGCUAAUUCGCGGCAUUGAAUUAGUCAAAAAUACAAUGUAGUAUAGACGCUCCUGAUAGGCUUGUUGAGAAUUCUGAAAAAAACAAGUCCGUUCCCCCUGACACAGCGAUCAGUUGUCGGAGUGAUCCGCCAAGUAAGAACAAACACUAACUGAUACGUAUAUCUAACUGGCUCUGACUGCAUUAAGGAACAGGUGAUCCAUUUCCCUAUAGAAGAUCUUAAUGAAGUCAUGAUAUUCACAUUAUUUUAAGAAGAAGAAAAUCACAGGGGUUCAAUCUACUAACAUUUACUCAAUAGUUAUACUAAUCUUUAAAAGUCAGCUAAUAAAUCCGCGCACGUUUUCUUCCUGUUACAUAACAAUAUCACUUGCAGGUGAUGAAUCCGAUGCAGUCCAGACUGAUUCAAAGCUGGAGGGAACGCUACAAAAUACACUAGAACAAAAAGGUAAGAAGCAAGUACUUUUAGUUUUUAAUACAUGAAACAGAGGAGACUGAGGAAGUGAGGGGUAAAGUGAAAAUCGCCAGCCCCAUACUAUUUUUGCCAGUCUCUUCCCCCUUCCUUCCUUUGAACCUCCUUUCUAAAUUGUCGUCCACAUUUGCUUGAGGUUAAUGAUUAUUAUAAAACCCAGCGAUGUCCCUCAAAGACGCAUACACCUGUUUAUAAUUGAUACAGCAGCUCAAACACAUAAGGGUCUGCAACAAGUCCCUUGGACUCCUCCUUACUUUUUGAGGCAAUUUUUCCCUUCCAUCUACUUUUUCGUCUGGUUGCCAAAACUGUCUCCUGUACCUCAUUUAGUCAUCCAUUCCCCUUAUACACAGCUCUGACGUGCAUAUCAUAAUCAAACAACGGUAAGCACGCUCUACAGUAUAAAGUGUCUGUCAUACCUAGUUACGUUUGUUGACCAAAACGUUUAAUCCCGUAAAUUGUAGGUAACUGCAAAUAUUUCAAUUAUAAAAAUGGCUCUGCAACACUUUCUAAGUGGAACAAAACUGGACCGGCAUUCGUCAACGAAGGAGGGUUAAGAGAGGAUUACCCUCAAGGGACGCUUACCUCUCCAAAAUUCCGCAUCAUCGGUCCAAAGAUGUCAUUUCUUCUUGGUGGAGGCUGUGACAUGGGGAAGAUUCGGGUUGAGCUGCUUGUAAAUGGACAGGUUGUACGACAGGCUCUCGCUGACGAAUGUCGAGAAAACAUGCGAAGGAGAGAGUGGGAUGUGCGACAGUUUAAAAACCAGUUUGGUCGGUUACGUUUUGUCGAUGCAUCAGGAAACGGACACAUAAAUUUUGACGACUUGUCGGCAGAUUUCAGGUGCAGCGGUAAGUGAGUGUUUUUUGCACAAAGCCGAGUUCUGGCAUUAAAUUAGUCAAAAAUUCAAUAGUAUAGACGCUCCUGAUAGGCGUGGUUCCAACUGACACAGCGAUCAGUUGUCUGAGUGAUCCGUCGAGUAAAAUAAAAACACUAACUGACACGCAUAUCUGACCUGCUCCGACUGCAUUAAGCAACAGGUGACCCAUUACCCUAUAGAAGAUCUCAAUAAAGUCAUCGUAUUCACCGUAUUUUAAGAAGACGAAAAGCUCAUACGGUUUAAAUCUAGUAACGUUUACUCAAUAGUUAUAUUAAUCUUUAAAAGUCGGCUAAUAAAUCCGGGCACGUUUUCUUCCUAUUAUAAGACUAUGAUAAAACAAUAUCUGUGUUUCUUUGAAAAACUAUACUUUUAAAUAUUACUUGCAGGUGAUGAAACCGAGGCAAGACUACAACAUACACUAACACCAAAGGGUAAGAAGCAAGGACUAUUUUUUUAUAAUGCAUAAAACAGAGGGAACUGAGGAAGUGAGGGGUAAAGUAAAAAUCGCCAGCUCCAUACUUUUUUGCCAGUCUCUUCCUUCUUCCUGCCUUUAAACCGCCUUUCUAAAAUCGUCGCCAACACUUGUUUGCAGAUAAUGAUUAUUAGAGACUUUAGAUUCAAGGACGAAGACGACUACGAGUACGAGAUUUGAAUUUCAGUUUUUUAGCGCAUUCUAAAAAUAUAGACUCCACGGAAAGCUUCAUUUUACCAUUUUUCACUAGAAAAUUUAGCACUGUUACCUUUAGUGAAGGAGGUUACACCCUCUCCCGAUCGCGAAAUGAUAAAACUGCUAACAUUUGAUAACUUGUUUCCGCCACUUCGACCUUCUCGCUAAAACUUGUAGUAGAGUGACGACGGCUACCACUUUCCCGCCAAAAUGACGCUGGUUCACGCGCGAGCACUACUUAAGUACUGAUAAAAUCUCGUACUCGUUGUUGCACUCGUCUUAGAAUCUAAAGGUUUCUGUUAUAGAGCUCAGCAAUUUCCCUCAAAGUCGCAUUCACCGGUAUAUAAUACAGCAGCUCAUACACCUAAGGGUCAGCAAGGAAGUCCCCUGCACUUCCCCUCACUAUAUUUACAUGUUUAAUAUUAUUAGUUUAAAAGUAAAAGUAUAUUCUAAAUACUAUAAUACUAUAUUGUAAAACUAGCUUUAAAACGUUCCGUGUUAACACAGGGUAGCAGGUAGGCUUGUUUGAGUUCUCAGACGUUUUGAAGAGUCUUUAACCCUGGGCAACAAAUUAAAGAUGAGUAAGCAGUCAACUAAUCUUCUUAGAGAUUUUCCUGUCUGAUUUUUCAAGCAAAUCGUUAUCCUAUAGCAUAGGAUAUAAAACGGCGUUUAUGACAUCUGCGAAGCAACUGCUGCACAGUAUUAAGUUCAGACACGGAGGCUACAUACACCGGUAAACUAUACGAAACUUUAGACUGAAAUGAAAAAUCAAUUUCCACUUGAUUAUAUCCUUAAUAAGUUACUUAACACGUAGAGGCACUUAUUCGCUUCGAAACGUUUUCAUUUAAUGUGUUCCGUAAAUCUGCCAUUGCGCUGGAAACUCACUCCAAGUAGCACUAGAAAUUUGGCCUGCUUUAUAUUUCCAGUAGGACUAGGAUUUGCUUGUCCUUUCUCAGUGUUCAAAACUAAUUCUUUACACUUGGAUAGAUUGCAAGGCAUAGAGUUUGCACUUGACCAUCUAAGGUAUAGCGAAACUACAUCACUUGCACAAUCAGUUCGGCCCUAUUUACAAUAACUUGCAUCGUAGUAUCAUCGGCAUAUUUUCUAAGAGAAGCAGCAAGACAACUUACGAGAUCGAGAUCAUUAAUAAAAAGAUAAACAAAUAAGGGCCACACUUUUUGAGGCAAUUUCUCCCUUCCAUCCACUUUUUCGUCUGGUUGCCAAAACUGUCAACCAUACCUCAUUUAGUCAUUUAUUCCACUUAUACACAGCCCUGUAGUGCAUAUGAUAAUUAAAUCACGGUAAGCUCUACAACACCACAUAAAGUGUCUCUCAUACCUAGUUAGGUUUAUUGACCAAAAUGUUUAAUCCCGUAAAUUGUAGGUAACUGCAAAGAUUUGGACUUUUCGAAUGGCUCUGCAGCACUAUCUAACUGGAGCAGAACGGGACGGGCAUUCGACAGAGUUGGAGGGUUUAAAACAGAGGAUUAUUCUGUGGGGACGCUAACCUCUCCAAAAUUUCGUAUCAUGGGCCCAAAAGUGUCCUUUCUUCUUGGCGGAGGCUGUGAUUUAGGGAAAAUUCGGGUUGAGCUGCUUGUGAAUGGACAGGUUGUACGAAAGGCGUUUGCUGACGAAUGUCGUGAAAACAUGCGAAGGAGAGAAUGGGAUGUGCGACAGUUUAAAACCCAAUUGGGUCAAAUACGUUUGGUUGAUGCAUCAAGAAAGGGACACAUAAAUUUUGACGACUUGUGGGGAGAUUUCACAUGCAAUGGUAAGUGCUUCUUUAUUGAAACAAAUUCGCGGUAUUUAACUUUUUACAGGUGCAAUUGUCGCUCCUGGUAGCCUUGGUAGCAAUUCUGCAAACAGUUGCAGGUUCGUUCUUUGUGACGGCAGGGAACCAUAACCCGGAGUGAGCAGCCGCCAUGCUCACACACACGUGUCUAUGUAACGGCGAUUUCACGAAACGAUUAACGUAUAGACCAGUAGUUUAGAGCACUUAGCCCGCGAGAAUGGAAGUUCCGCUCCGCGUUCGAAGUAUAAGAAAUUAGAAACAAAAUAACAUUAAAAGUCAUUGAAACUUCGAAAACUCCCUUUUUUGGUCUGUAGGUUUUAAUGACUGGUUGGUUAUGCUUCGAAACGUUAUUCUAGAUUCUUGCAAAAAUCCUUGUCCAAGUACUGAAUAUCAAAACGCUCUGACAAAAAUUACAUCAAACGAAAUUUGCUCGUCUUGGUUAUGUCCUUUUGAUGGCGUUUAGUAGAAAGAUCCAACAAGAAAUGAAGUCUUUGUGACUGGUUCUGAAAGCAUCGAGGAAAACCUAACCCAUUGUCAAUGAAAGGCAUCAUGGGCGAAAAGAAAUUUGAUUAAAUAAAGCCGACGCUUUGUGCCGGUCAUUUAUUAAGUUUUCUGUUAUCCUUAGGAACACUAUAGUAACACUUAUUAACAAGGUCACUUGCAGGUGAUGAAUCUGAUGCAAUCCAGUUUGAUUCAAAGCCACAGGAGACGGUGCAACAAACACAAAAAGGUUAGAAGCGAGUAUGUUUCAGUUUUUAUAGGAUCAGUGGCAAGUAUUUUUUUAUUCAUACAAAACUGAGAGGAGGGAAAAUAGGGGUAAAUCUCUCUCCUUCGUACUUUGUGAUCUGAUUGUUCCUCCCACGUCCAAAACUGUCGCCGAAAUUUAGUCAUGCCCUGUCCUACAGCCCUAAAGUGCAUACCUGAUCAUAAUUUAAUCAUGGUGAGCUCUACGCCAUCAAAUGUCUCUGGUUAGGUUUUAUUGUUAACCAAAAUGUUCAAUCUGCCGUGAACUUUUAGAAACUGUAAAGAUUUUGACUUUGAGAAUGGAUUUGCCUCAUUAUCUAAAUGUAGCAAAACUGGACGUGCAUUUGACCAAAAUGAAGGUUUUAUAACAGAGGAUUACCCUGUGGGGACGCUGAUCUCUUAUAAAAUUCCGUAUCAUUGGCCAUAAACUAUCAUUUCGUGUUGGUGGAGGCUGUGAUGUAGGGAAGAUUAGGGUUGAGCUGCUUGUGAAUGGCCAGGUUGUGCGAAAGGCUUUUGCGGACGAAUGUCGUGACAAAAUGCGAAGGAGAGAGUGGGAUGUUCGACAGUUUAAAAACAGAAUUACUCAAAUACGUUUGGUUGAUGCAUCAAGGCAGGGACAUACAAAUUAUACAGCGGAUGGAAGGCAGGUAGCUAAUCUUCUUGGAGAUUGUCCUGUCUGUUUUUUCAAGCAAAUCGUUAGCCAUAGCAUAUGCAUAUAAAACGGCGUUUAUGACUUCUGCGAAGCAACUGCUGCACAGUAUUAAGUUCAGGCACGGAGACUACAUACACCGGUAAACCAUUCGAAACUUUAGGUAAAACUAAAGACUGAAAUAAAUGUUCAAUUUCCACUAAUUGAUUAUAUCGUUCUUUCCUUAUGCUCCUUAACACGAGAGGCACGUAUUCGCUUCGAAAAGUUUUCGUUUAAUAUGUUCGGUAAAUCUGCCACUGCGCUGGAAAGUCACUCCAAGUAGCACUAGAAAUUCGGCCUGCUUUUUGUUACCAGUAGCCUAGAAUAGUCCUUGUCCUAGUCUUAUCCUUUCUUCUUCAAAACUAAUUCUUUACCCGGCCCCUGGAUAGAUUGCAAGGCAUAGAGUUUGUACUUGACCAGCUAAGGUAUAGCGAAACUAGGUACUAGCACGAUUAGUUCGGCCCUUUUUACAAUACCUUGCAUCGUAGUAUCAUGAUCGUCAUAUUUUUUAAGAGGAGUUUCAAGACAGCUCACAAGAUCGAGAUCAUUAAUAAAAAGAUUAAACAAAUAAGGGUCACUCUUUUUGAGGCAAUUUCUCCCUUCCAUCCACUUUUUCGUCUGGUUGCCAAAACUAUCGCCCAUACCCAUUCCCUUUAUACACAGCCCUGAAGUGCAUAUGAUAAUUACAUUACGGUAAGCUCUACGACACCACAUAAAGUGUCUCUCAUACCCAGUUGGGUUUAUUGACCAAAAUUUUUAAUCCCGUAAAUUGUAGGCAACUGCAAAGAUUUGGACUUUUCGAAUGGCUCUGCAGCACUAUCUAACUGGAGCAGAACGGGACGGGCAUUCGACAGAGGUGUAGGAUUUAAAACAGAGGAUUACCCCAUGGGGACGCUAACCUCUCCAAAAUUUCGUAUCAUGGGCCCAAAAGUGUCCUUUCUUCUUGGCGGAGGCUGUGAUUUAGGGAAGAUUCGGGUUGAGCUGCUUGUGAAUGGACAGGUUGUACGAAAGGCGUUUGCUAACGAAUGUCGUGAAAACAUGCGAAGGAGAGAAUGGGAUGUACGACAGUUUAAAACCCAAUUGGGUCAAAUACGUUUGGUUGAUGCAUCAAGAAAGGGACACAUAAAUUUUGACGACUUGUGGGGAGAUUUCACAUGCAACGGUGAGUGUUUCUGUAUUGAAACUAAUUCGCGGGAUUGAACUUUUUACUGGUGCAAUUGUGGCUCCUGGUAGCGUUGGUGGCAAUUCUACAAACAAUCGCAAGUUCGUUCUUUGUGACGGCAGGGACCUAUGACCAGGAGUGAGCAGCCCCCAUACUCAUACACACGUGUCUAUUUAACGGCGAUUUCACGAACCGGUUAACGUAUAGACCAGGCCUGGGUUGUUCCAAAGUUGGAUAGCACUAUCCAUCGAAUUUAUCACUAUCCGACGGGGAAGUAUUAGGGAAACCAAUUGUACUAUCCACUGGAUAGAGAUUUUAUCCAGUAAAUAGCGCUACCCAACGUUUAAAACAACCGGGGCCAGUAGUUUAGAGCACUUUGCCCGCAAGAAUGGAAUUUCCGCUCUGCAUUCGAAGUAUAAGAAAUGAAUAAAUAAAAAACAAACAUUAAACGUCACUGAAACUUCAAAAGUUCCUUUUUUAGGUCUGUAGGUUUUACUGACUGGUUGCUUUAUGUUUCGUUACGUUAGGCUAGAUUCUUGCGAAAAUCCCUGUUAAGUGUUUAGUUGAAAGAUCCAACAAGAAAUGAAGUCUUUGUGACUAGUUCUGAAAAUAUCGAGGAAAACCUAACUCACUGUCUAUGAAAGGCAUCAUAGGCCAAAAGAAAUCUGGUUUAAUAAAGCCAACGCUUAGUGAUGGUCAUUUAAGUUUUCUGUUAUCCUUAGCAACACUACAGUAACACUUUUUUAACAAUGUCACUUGCAGGUGAUGAAUCUGAUGCAAUCCAGUUUGAUUCAAAACCGCAGGGGACGGUGCAACAAACACAAAAAGGUUAGAAGCGAGUAUUCGUCAGUUUUUAUAGGAUCAGUGGCAAGUAUUUUUUUAUUUCUACAAAACUGAGAGGAGGGAAAAUGGGGGUAAAUCUCUCUCCUCCGUACUUUGUGAUCUGAUUGUUCCUCCCGCGUCCAAAACUGUCGCCCAAAUUUAGUCAUUCCCAGUCCUACUGCCCUGAGGUGUAUACUUGGUCAUAAUUUAAUAGUGGUGAGCUCUACGCCAUCAAAUGUCUCUUGUUAGGUUUUAUUGUUAACCAAAAUGUUAAAUCUGCCGUGAAUUUUAGGAAACUGUAAAGAUUUUGACUUUGAGAAUGGAUUUGUCUCAUUGUCUAAAUGGAGCAAAACUGGACGUGCAUUUGACCAAAAUGAAGGAUUUAUAACAGAGGAUUACCCUGUGGGGACGCUGACCUCUCCAAAAUUCCGUAUCAUUGGCCAUAAACUGUCAUUUCUUCUUGGUGGAGGCUGUGAUGUAGGGAAGAUUCGGGUUGAGCUGCUCGUGAAUGGCCAGGUUGUACGAAAGGCUUUUGCGGACGAAUGUCGUGAAAAAAUGCGAAGGAGAGAGUGGGAUGUGCGCCAGUUUAAAAACCGGAUUGCUCAAAUACGUUUGGUUGAUGCAUCAAGGCAGGGACAUAUGAAUUUUGACGACUUGUGGGGAGAUUUCACAUGCAUAGGUAGGUGUUCAAUUUCCGAGACUUAUUUGCCGCAUUGAAUUUAUCAAAGACAUAAUCAUGAUAGGCUUGGUAACACUUCUCCUAACAACAAGUCUAUUGUCACGAAAUAUAUUCGUGGAUAAUAGGUAUAAAGGGUUUAGUUUUAUCGUUUGUCUCACAAUUGUCACUUUGACGUUGAUCGCGACGUUUCGACCGCACACUGCAGGUCUUCAUCAGGCGAUAGUGUCGAUUUACUGAGUCGAACUAUUUGUACCAAUGUGGUUGUUAGUGAUUGGUGUAUCACAAACCUCGCUCAUGGUUGUUGGGUUUCGAUCCAAAGCAUUGUUGGCGUUGUGAGAGGAAGAAACUGAUCCCUUAGCAGUCCGCUGCGGUGGAGAUCUCAUAAUUGUGGACACUUGACUUGAGACUGUCCAAGUAUAAAGAGAACACUUCAUAUAUCUGAGUGAAUGAUUUGACUGUAUAAGGGAAUAUUUAAUCCUAAUUAUAACAGGCCCAUUACCCUACUAAUGGAGGCCUGUAAGAAGUAGUUAUUAUCAUCUUUCUCUAAGGAGACGAAAAGCUCAUUUGCUUUCAUCUAAACCUUUGCUUAAUAGUUAAAUUAUCGUUGUCAGAGGGUCAGCUGUUAAAACCGUCGUUCAGUGAAUUAUUGAAAUAUACGUUUACUGUUAAAGUUCUCUGUUAUUCGUUGCAACACAAAUACGCCAUUUGAACAAUGACGUCAUUUGACUACUAAGACCAUAAUUCAUUUCGUUUUUGCCCAGUUUCAUAUUAAAAUUUGAUCUGCCGAGAGAGGUUUAUAACAAAGGUCCAAUUUUCAGAAGAACCAAACACCCUGAGUAUUCUGGUAGUAGUAGCAGUCAAAAGACGUCAUCGUGCAAAUCGUCUAUUUUAAAUAUCAUUCGUAGGCGAUGAAACUGAUGCAGCCCAGAUUACUUCAAACCCAUUAGAAACGGUCCAGCAAACACUCGGUCAACUACCAAAAGGUUAGAACGCAGUAUUCAUUUUGUUUGUAUAGAAAUUUGUACACCAGGCCGUCUUAGAACAAGUAUCCACAUUAAUGUUAGCACUUUCGUGCUUAAUACAUUGACACUUAAAUCGAGUAGUACUUUAGUUUUUCAAAAUUGAAACGCACUGUCUAUAGAACAUUUUGCAUUAGCGCCUUAGUUUAUGCUCUCUAUAUCUUACAGGACAAAGUAGUCUGCUUGGAGGAACGAAAAUCAGCGACUCUAAUUUUUAUACAAGACCCAUCACACGGCCCCAUUUUCCAAGGCCCACUCUUACUUGGAAGCUUGCGAAAGCCUCGCCUAAUAGGCUUGGUGACAAUUCAAGUAAUCUGUACCUUCCCAAAGAUGAUGAAUUGAGAAACCUGUCAUGUAAGUUCAAAUUUAGUUUAAGGUAUUAGGAAAGUGCUGUUUUUUACUAUAGCUUUGGCUUGCUACUAUUGAUCUCUUCAAGAAUUUCGUUAAGCUAAAAAAAUCAAAACAAAAAAAGUGAACUGAAUGUUUUCUGUAAAACGUAAAAGCACUAAGUACGUUAUGUGCGCCAUCUUUCUUUUCCGGUGCAACAGCCUUGUCUUCGAUAACGUUUAUAUCUUUCAUUUUUUGGCGUUAAAGAUAAGAUAAACCUCGUGUGGUGGCCUCUAUUACAUAGAAUGCAGUUUUAUAUCCCCAUUUGUAGUUCCUACUUACAAGUCCAUUUGUAGUUUCCUAUUCUAGUUACAAUUGCUGAGAGUGAUUAGCAACUGCGUUGCUUAGUGGCGGUUGGGUGCCUGUUAUACCCAGGAGCUUCCACUAUUGGCAGCCAGCUCCUAGAUAGAGACCGCUCCCAUGACUGGGAAAUCCUGGCAACCCAGGCAUGAGCCCCCACGCGGCAAUGGAGAAAGCAAGUACCAGUCACACUGAGAACAUCUGUGGAAAAAAGGGCGGGCGGGGGGGGGGGGGGUUACUGCAACACGCUAAGAGAUGCACACAGGUCCCAGAGCAUGAAGGUUCGUGGUACAUGCGCAUCUCGCACACACCGCUGGCCAGCAAGGUGAAACAAGCGCUUGUUGUUGUUAAUUGCAUUAAAUUACAUUUAACCGCAUUAAUUGUGUCUCAAAUUUUAGGCAAAUCCUUCCUUGUGAAAAUAAAGACCGGGAAACCUUGGGACAACGAUUUUCUUUUUACAUCAAAUGGAAAUUAUCAAUCAACGAGGCGAGAAAUCGAAGUUAAGGUGAGAAAUGAAGAAACUUAAUCAGAAGUUUCAACGGACUCUAAAUUUAAGAUGACGAUGCCUUCAAAUGACCACUAACUGUCUUUUUAAAGGUACUUGACGCUUACGAGGAUGAUAAAGAUUUUCGGGGAGCUUUCUUUACCAAAUUCAGGUUCGUGAAAUAUAAUUUAGUUGGAGAAGAAUUAACAUUUAAAUCCCAUUUCUGUAGUAUUAUGUUUAAACCUAAGCCUGUAACAAGAUCGAACCAAAAUAGAUUUGAGUAGGGCGAUCAUUAUUGAUGUUAUUGCCAUCAUCAAGACUAUCAUCACUAGCUAUCAUUAUCAUCAUCAUCGUCAACAUAAUCAGCAUCACCGUAAUCAUCAUUAGUGCCAUCACCAUCAUCAACCUUACCAUCACCAUCAUCAUUAUCAUCAUCGUCAUCAUCAUUAUCAUCAUCGUCAUCAUCAUGGUCAUUACCACCAUCACCAUCACUAGCACCAUCAUCAUAUUCACUUUUACUUCUGUUUAUCAUUAUCACCAUUUGUAUGAUCUACACUAAGGUCUUCACAUUUUUUCGUUGUAGUUCUUAUGAUGAACCAGGAGAGGUCAAAGCUUUCUUUGUAUUACGAUUCAGAGCUGUUGGGAAAUUCCUUGGAAAAUUGAUUGAUAAACUUGGAGCAGGAAACGUUUCAGCAGCAGGUGAAAUUUCACAGUUAGAACUUUCUUGUGUUAUAAACAAUACAAGUAUUUGAUACUAUAUAGUGUGACAAAUUGUAAUUGUACUCUUGGCCAUGACUGUACCAUGACAAUAAUUGUGGAAAUGGAUAGAUAAUCUUUUUGUGGCUUUUUGUCAUGAAAAUAGUUUAAAAAUUUUAGAUAGGCUGACGUCUUGUUUAUCCGAUAAUAUAGGUUGCUUCGACACCACCGACCAGUGUCCAAGUCCCUGCCCACUUACAUGUGCACCUCUAUGCCAGUCCUCUUGUUGUCAACAAUACAUUCCUGCCCCAGCCGCUCCAGUUGCUCAAUGCCCAAGCCCCUGCCCACAGACGUGCGCGCCUGCCUGUCAGUCAUCUUGUUGUCAGCAGCAAGUGGCUGCUCCAGUUGUUCCACCAGUCACCCCAGUCAGUCAAUGUCCUAGCCCCUGUCCACAGACAUGUGCUCCUUCUUGCCAACCAUCCUGCUGUCAGCGACCUGUUUCCGCUUCCGUCGCACCAUUAGCUACCCCAGCCGUUCCAGUAACUCAAUGUCCCAGCGGUUGUCCGCAGAAAUGUGCUCCUUCAUGCCAACCGUCCUGUUGUCAGCAGCAUAAUCCCGCACCAAUUCCUCCACCAGUCCCAGUUGCUCAAUGUCCUCAACCCUGCCCGCUGGCAUGUGCGCCUUCGUGUCAACCGUCCUGUUGUCAGCGUUCUGGUUCUUCUCCCAUGAUCCCAGUCGCUCCAGUAUCUUCAUUCACUCCAGUCACUCCUUUGGCUCAAUGUCCCAGCCCUUGUUCACAGUCAUGUGCGCCCUCCUGUGAGUCUUCCUGCUGUCAGCAGUAUGCUCCAGCUCCAGCCAUGCCUCAGCCAGUUUCUCCACCAGUACAACCUUUGAGGAUAACAGUGUCUAACCCUCAAAUCUCCGUCGAGCAACCAUCACAGCAGUGGAACCCACAUUUACUGGUUUACCCCACACGCCCUGCUGGCACGCAAGCAUUGUCUGGUUCCCAGUGCUCUGCGGGUUGUUCUCCAAAUUGUGCACCAAUUUGCUCGCCUACCUGCUGUCAGUUUUAUGACGUUGGCCGUAGAAAAGGAAAUGUUAGAAAAUGGCUCCGGAGGCAAAGUCUACAGGAAGAAAAGCAUUAA